GAGGAGUCCGUGGCCUUGUCUCAUGGCAUGUCGACACCUCUUCAUUGGUAAAGAAAAAGAUCCCACCAUCGCUCCAAAUUCCAAAUUCCAAUCUUAUCAUUCAUAAAUAAAUUUCCCAUUUCGCACAAAAUUAUUCUUUCUCCAUUCAAGAAACCUUCUCAUUCAUUCCCUUUUAAUUCAACCCCUUCUUCUUCUUCUUCUUCUUCUUCUUCUUCUUGUUUGAUUCCUUAUCUUCAAAUCUAUUGAAACCCACAAAAACUGUUCUCGAUCCAUUGAUUUCUCAUCUCUUUUUAAUUAGUAUGAUUGAUUUUUAGCACCGAAUCUUGGAUUUUAACUUUACCCAGUUGAAAAAGACACGGUCUUUCCAAUUCUUUUUGAAUCAAUCGAACUGGGUUAUGAUAAUUUGAGGUGUUCAUCAAUGGCUGAAGAACUGAUUGAUGUCAAAUUUAGGUUAGCUGAUGGCAGCGAUAUCGGACCUAGCAAAUACAGCUCUGUUACAACUGUCGGAUCUCUAAAAGAGAAAAUUAUUUCACAAUGGCCCAAAGAAAAAGAAAACGCACCGAAAACAAUAAAUGAUGUGAAGCUCAUAAAUGCGGGAAAGAUUCUUGAAAACAACAAAACUCUUGCUGAAUCAAGAUCUCAUGUUAGCGAAAUCCCAGGAGGUGUCAUCACUAUGCAUAUUGUUAUGCGCCCUCCAAUGGCCGAUAAAAAAAGUGAAAAGUUGCAGGAUGGCUCUCCCAAAACGAGCAGUUGUUCAUGCAUGAUUCUGUGAAGUUUAUACAUCGAUUUUCAUGAGCUUUCAGAUGAAAGGAUCUUGGAGGGUUUAUUAUAUUUUGAUCAUUACAAAUUUUCUUAAAUCUUUUUUCUCAAAAUCAGAAAGGGAAAAAGAAAAGGAAAGUAUGAUUUUAUGUUGGUAUAUGAAUCGGUAUAGAAGCUUUGUAGAUUGAAAAGAAGAUGUUAAAAAGAUAAGAAAUUUCAUCAUUUGUUUUUAA